GUUGGCCACAGCGUCGCCCUAGCUUCGACUGAUUAAUUGUUAAGUACGAAUAUUAUUUGUAACGGAGGGCCAUGGAAAAAUUCAAAUUGAUCAACACAUUUCUGACGAUGAAUUUAAUUUUCUUGCACGUCGGCGAAUCGUCUGCCGGCGAGGUCAAUCUCUUGGAGAAUGUUUCAGAGAGCGGCUUGAAGCAGGCGGCGGGCGACACGUUCGUUUACGUGGACGAGUCGUUGAAAAAUAAAGCGGGCCAACAGAAAAAGAAAAAGCCGGCAAAGGCCAGGAGGGUGGUUGGCGUCGCCGUCGUCAGAGAAAACAACAGAGGGCCGGUCAAUAGGGUCGUGUUUCGCAGGCCCAAUUCGAACCUGCAAUCGGCCCGGAACAAAAGGCUGCGCAACGGCGGAGCCAAAGGCAGGGCCAGAAAGAAGAAACCCAACAAAAAAUCCACUGUGAAAGUUGACAAAAUCCCUAAUGCAGUAGUGGACUUUCCAACAACAAUGGGGAAUGAAUUUAGCGAACCGACUCAGCCGAAUUACAAUAAUUACGACUAUCAAUAUGAGGAAUCGAAUUAUGGAGAAAUAUCGACUCGGAGGCGGAGAACGAAAUGGACUGCUUGGCAGCAAACCUGGACAUCGCCCAUGACUGAAGCUCCACCUUUGAGCACUUCUUCAGGGUCGAUAGCAAGACCGACGACGACCCCAGGGGCUUUUGUCACCGUCACCCGUCCAGCAGUCGAACCGCAGCCUUUGACGCUUUGCUCAAAUGCCUCUCUUAAUGAAGCGGUCAUUUGCUGCAAUUUGCGAAUCCCACAAAUUUUUGAUUACACCGAUUUUGAGGAUUGUUAUGCAAAUUCUUCGUCACCUAAAGCUGAGGAAAUCGACACCUUCAUGGUUUAUCAGGGGCUUGACAGCGCCACUAAAAAGCUGAAUUUCAAUUUAAAAUGGUUUCAAGAUAUGCGGGAGGCAAUGUGCGUUACUCACUGCAUGUUUUCGGACAAAAAAUUUAUCGAUCAAGAUCCGACUAAAAUAGAGUAUACAGAGAUCGACACCUACUUUGAACAAAACUUGGACGAUUCAAAUGGGACGGAAUGGUUGUCCACGCUGCAAGAAGCCGAAUAUACUUGCAGAGAUGCUCUAACGCGUAAAAAACUAGCAGCCGAAAUGCCGGAUUUUUUCGAAACGGACGACUCGACGUGCUUCACCAGACCGUACUUGUAUGUUCAGUGCAUCAGAAGGGAACUUUUAUACAACUGUCCACAAGCGUCCGAUAAGUCGAAAACUGACUAUUGUAUAAAGAUGAUUGAUAACAUCGCCGAAUGUAACCCUUUUUAAAUAAAGAUUUACGAUAAAAAUGAUCCACGUGUCAUUGAAAAAAUUACAACUGGAACUAAAUUUCUCAUCUAAAUGAGAUUUUAUUCCAGCUCGAAAGAAAUCAAAGAUACUUCGCUUGUUGCUUCUGCGAAAU